GUGGUCUUGGUGGGUCUGGACUCUUCAGGGAAGUCGACUCUAUUGACCCGCCUCCUCACAGGAGAGCUGAUGGAGACGUCCCCCACGGUGGGCUUCAACGUGGGGACGCUGGAGCUGGACCAGAAGGACGCCAUGACCCUCUGGGACCUGGGGGGGCAGCCGCCUAUGAGGACCCACUGGAGGCAGUACCUGGACGGCUGCAGGGCGCUGGUCUUCGUGGUGGACAGCAGCGACCCCGGCCGCAUGCCGGAGGCGCGGGCGGCCUUGAGGCGGCUGCUGUCUGAGGAGCAGCUCAACGGCGUCCCUCUGAUGGUGCUGGCCAACAAGAAGGACCUGGACGGCACGCUGACCAUCCGAGAGGUGUCCCGGUGUCUCGAGCUGGACUCGUACCUGGACCGGCGCUGGGAGAUCCAGAGCUGCAGCGGGCGGCAGGGGCUCGGGCUCCAACAGGCGUUCAUCUCUGUGGCCAGGCUCAUCAAGAAGAGCUAGGAGGAGGAGGAGAGGAGAGGAGAGGGAGGAGAGGAGAGGAGAGGGA